AUGGUGGAGCGAUGUGUGGAACCUUUAAAGGAACCGAUUCAGAAGAAAAAGAAGGAGUCGGGGUCGGCCGAAAAAUCCACAGGUGUAUUGAGAUCUCCUGUGAUUUGCGUGAUCGGUCGAGACGAUACGGAAGAGUCGGCGAUUUUGGACUAUAUCAGAAGGACGAAUGUCCGUGAGGGAGAGGCUGGCGGAAUUACGCAACAGAUUGGAGCGACGGAAGUGGCGGCGGAGGCAAUACAGAUGUGCUGUAAACAUACUAAAGGAUUUGUCAUAGAGACGAUGGAGAUUCCGGGGUUUCUGAUUAUAAAUAAAGGACACGAGAGUUACCCAAAGCUCCGUACACUCCGUGGAUCUUCACUGUGUGAUUUUGCAAUCGUCAUCGUAGAUAUGCAACACGGUUUGGAACCGCAAACAGUCGAAUCGUUGAAGUUAUUGAUCAAAGAGCAGACUCCGUUCGUAAUUGCAUUGAAUAGAUUUGAUCUUCUUCGUGAAUACAAGAGCAAACCGUAUAACGAUGUCUACCAACUGUUGCGAUCUCAGCAGCAACAUUUCCGAUCGGAAUUUGAAGAGAAAAUGGAGAAAAUCGAGGCACAAUUUGCAGAACAAGAGAUCAAAGUGACACUCUCCAACAGUCUGGACGCCGUCAAUCCGAAUUACGUGUGUAUGGUACCAAUAUCGGCGACGAAGGGCGUAGGAAUCGGAAAUCUCAUGGCAUUCAUUGUCAAUCAGACGCAGACAGAGUACGCCCAAAGGUUGACGUUCUCCGAGAAGUUGGAUGCCAAUGUUAUGGAGGUUAAACAGAUCACUGGUCUCGGCACAUCAAUCAACGUGAUUCUUGUCAACGGAACGAUGCGUGCGGGCGACAUUCUCGUUCUCACAGGAACCGACGGUGCGAUAGUUACAAAAGUUCAAAAACUCCUAAUGCCAAAACCAAUGAGAGAGAUGCAAACGAAAAAUAGCUACGUUCAUUUUACAAAAGUCAAAGGAUCGUGUGGAGUAAAAGUUCUCGCGAAGAAUUUGGAAAAAGUUGUGUCCGGAUUGCCCGUAUAUGUCACCGAUCGAGAGGAAGAAAUUGAUUAUUUACGACAGGAAGCGAAUAACCAGCAUGUCAAUGCUCUCCGCGCAUCCAAAAAGAAUCAAGAAGGUGUCUUCGUUAAGGCUUCGACUGCCGGAUCUCUCGAGGCGCUUCUUGAUUUCUUGAAAUCUGAAAAAAUCCCAUAUUCCAACGCGAAAUAUGUAUUCUGUGAUGAUAGCACCCCCAACGAUGGCUAUAGUUCGACCAGCUCCACCUCUCCAAUCGAUCGUCCACGUGAAAUGCAACCAUCUUCUAGCUCCGCCAUCCAACAACAUCAACCUAAGAAUUCAACUCAUCAGAAUAUUCAGAUGAGACAGACGACACGAUCAGAAAUCGUUCCCAAGCCAAGCACACUGGGAAAUCAGACCGUUAUUCUCAAAGAGCGAAGACAUGCUCUAACCGACAUUAUGGAUUCAGAAGAAAGCAUGAACAAAAAAAAAGAAGAAUCGGAGUUAAAUAAGUUGAAAAAGCUGACAGAAGAACUCAGCGAGAAAAUUGCUGUAUCACGGGAACAAAUCGAUCUAUUGAAAGUUCAGCUGCAAAACUCGACGAUUGCAAGUGAUAUGGAAGAACAGAGAUUAAUCCAAAGAAUAAGAGAAUUGGAGCAGAACCAUCAAGCUGAAUUAAAUCAGUUAGGAGUAGUUUGGAAUGAGAGAGAACUCGUAAUCGCUGGUCAGAUGUUUUUAAUCGAAGCACUAUUCCCACCAAUCCAACCAGGAGGUGAAAAUGCAGAACCUGAGAAUCCGGUGAGUUAA